AAAAAAAAUAAAAAAAAAUAAAAAAAAAAAAAGAAACAGGACAGAAUGUCCACUCACCGUGUACAAGAAGGCGAGGAUCAAGAUGCUGUUGCACGUCCUUCUUCAUUUCAAAAGAAAUCGGACCGUAGCACACUCACCAUGACUUGGCCCUUGCGUCCAAGUGUGGAGGAACAUCGUACAAGUCAUAUUAACGGCCAUAGUACAUUUGGGGCUCAUCAAACCAUCGCAUCACAUACUAUUGCAAUUCCCUCACCCGUUCUUCAACGUAAAAAAGGCGUCCGCUUCUUCUUUGCACCGGACGACGACGAGCCAGGACAGGAUAACUCGGACGGAAAUUCGGACGAUGAUAAUGACAAUGACAAUGACAAUGACAAUGAAAAUGACAAUGAUGAUAAUGAUAAUCUAGAUCUCGAUGAAGGGCCUUAUGAUGAUGGAGAUAUCAAUAGAACCACCCCUGAUGGAGUAGAUGAACAAAUCAUACGCAAUUCAGAUACUAUUCAGCUUGGCCUUCAUGACCUUGACUUGAAUGAUUCUCCAGGUGGCGGAGAGGCUGAUCCUAUCGAUCUGUACUACGACACCCGCGGCGAAAGUGACGAGGACGAAGGCGAGCCAUCCUCUGAUGGAGCUAGCAAUAAGGAUCAGGAACGGCUCGACCGCUUCAUGCAACCGACCUCCAACUCAGAUGAGGGCGUCCUCGAACUAAAUCGAGAGCGAAUAGAUUGGCAGAGUAUGCUUCAGUCCGUCCUUACUGGAGAAGUCUUUAGCAUCGAAAAUAGACGUCUUGAAGAACCCAACUUUGAAAUCCAACCCGAAAUGAAGCAGGAGAUAUGGCAGGGUAUCCGUGCUACCAUCCAUUCACGACCCAUCAGUGAUGAAAAGCGCUUUAUUGAGACAGCAAGGGGCCAGGUGGAUAGUUUCCUUCAAGAAGUCAUGGAUUUCAAAGUCGACCCCAACAGCAAAUUGUCGCCAUUGGACCAAGUACUAGACGUCCUUCACAAAGUCGAUAUCGUCGAGAGUCUUUACCCAAAAUUAUCCGAAGUCGCGGUUGAUAAACCACUUUAUAGCUCUGCAAAGUUUCAACAUCGUCUCAGUGCCCUUAAUUCGUAUGCGAGCAUAAUGAAAAAGAUGAAAAUCCAGUUACAGAUCCUUAGGAACUGGACAGGGAGCGAGACCUUGGAGGUUUCACGAUCCAAAAAUGCUGGUCAGGAUGAAGUUUCCUUUGUCGAUAAAUUGCUCAAGGAGAACGGACUAGAGAGGACUUUUGAGAAGAGUACCCUCAGCUCAUUGCAUAAGGCGAUGAAGCAGAUCAAGAAGACCAUGAUGGAGAACGCAGUUGCCUUUGCUAGCAUGGGUCUCGUACCAGCUAUGAGUGAGUUGCAGCAACUGGCUCGGUUCCCUACAAAGCUGAUGCAAGAGUGUUUGCGAUUGCGACUAGAGUAUGCUGAUCGUGUUACUGUCCCAACCUUGCUCAAUGUGGAUCAGAUGCUUGAAGACUUCAAGACUUCCCUGUUCUUGGCAUGCAGAAUCAAAUAUGAAUACGAGGAGCUAGAGAGCAGCGACCAAGAUGGAUGGUAUUUGGAGCCUUGUACUGAUUCAGAGUAUGAAAAAAUCCUAAAGUCCUCAUUACAGUUUUAUUUCAAGCUGUUGUCAUGGAAGGUUGAGUAUUGGGGUCAAUCCAAAAAAUACAGCGACUCGGUUCUGGACCUGGAAUGGGACAGUCUCAGCGUACUUGGUCAAGCUAUCGACGGCAUAGGCCUGGACACGGCAGAACAACUUUGCUUCUUGACGAGCAAAUCAACAUCAUUUCUCCACAAGCAUCUGCAGGACCAGAUGAAAGAGAACCCGGACCUACCUCAGACUGCAAGUGAGGUCACAAAAUUUUACGGCAAGGUUCUAGAGAAUGUCCGCUUUAGAGCCAACAGAAUCCGCCGAUCCGGAAGGCUGCUGACAGACACUUUCGAGAACGCUGCAGAAUACCUGCUAGACAAAAAGAAGGCUGAUAGCUUCGCAUCAUUGAUGACCAAGCUCGCAGAGACAAAUCACGUCUUGGUAUAUACCAACACCAUAGAAAAUAUGGGUAUAUAUAUGGUUGUUGAACACAAAGUCGCCGAAAAUGGGAUUUAUAUCCCACAUACACUCCGGUCCUGCUUUGAACAGCCAGGGACUGGAUAUAUCCUUAUAUUAACGCCUCGUGAACGCUUUGUGUGGUCUGGCCCGAUUCUACAUUUGGAUGGUUUACCUGGAUUUGAUCUGGACGUGAAACCUGGACGUGUUCGAUUGAUCUCUGAGCGGGGAAGUCUACUGGAUACUUGCAAAAAACGGUUUGGGAAGAUUGCAGAGCCUUAUGGACUCGAAAUUAUUACCGAAAGUCGAGCCAAUGUGGCUGCGCUCAACAAAGAGUUAAACAAGACCAAGAAGGCUUUUUACAAGUUAGCAGAUUCAAUCGUACAGUCUGUAACAGUGCUUCGCAAGGUGACGAUGAAAGUAGCGAACUGUCAAGACCUUGUUCAGCCAUUUUUCCGUUUCGCUUCAGACUAUGGAUUGACUUCCCUAAGUGCAAUGGAGGGAUUGCCACGUACUCAAUUCAAUUUGAAACUACUACGACUUUCUAUUGACUGGGUCAGCUUUGUAUGCGACGAUUGUGAUCAAACAGAACGACAAACUUUCCGGUGGGCAAUGGCAGCCCUCAACUUCGCUAUGAAGAUGACAAAGGGAAACAAUAUUCUAGCACUUAGUGAUUCCGAGUUUUCAUGGCUGCGAUCCAAAAUUGCAGGAUGUAUGACUCUCUUGAUUUCUCACUUUGAUAUUCAUGGAGCUCGUUCGAGUGAAGCAACGCGCAAUGAUCGUGACGGGCGACAAAAGCAGCAAAAAACUAAGGAUCAGGCACGAUUGGUAGAAGAGAUCAAUGACAUCCUCAAGUUGGCCACAGCCAAUGAAUCUGUUCUGUCAGAAGAGGCAAUGCGCAAUCAUCGUUUGCAGGUAGAGCGACUAGCUAACCUCGAAAAGGGUCGGACAGAACGAGAACAGGAAAUCAAAGUAAUUGGUAAAGUUCUUGAUGAUCAAAAGCCUGAGGAUCGUUCUCUUGUUGUCUUGGCAGCGCUGACGGAUUCAGUGGCGAUCCGCUGGCAGAUGGCCAAAUAUAUUGGUUCUGGCACGUUUGGCACUGUAUACUUGGGCACAAACUCUGAUACUGGAGAGCUGAUAGCGGUCAAAGAGAUCCGUUUCCAAAAUCCAUCCACGGCCCUAGUCAAGUCAAUUUAUGACGAAAUGAGAGUGAUGAAGAUGUUACACCAUCCUAACAUUGUACGAUAUGACAACAUCGAGGUUCAUCGACACAAGGUUUUCAUAUUUAUGGAAUACUGUCAAGGAGGCAGCUUGGCAGACCUUCUAGAGCAUGGCAGAAUCGAAGACGAAAAAGUCAUCAAGUUUUAUACACUUCAGAUGCUGAAAGGUCUCGCGUAUCUUCACGAGAAGAAUGUUGUCCAUCGAGACGUUAAACCAGAUAAUAUUCUUUUUGAUCAUCUGGACAAUAUUAAGUUUGUGGAUUUCGGCGCAGCCAAGAUUUUGGCCAAGAAUCAAAGGACACGGACACAAGGUCGUUUAGCCACAGAUAGUAUAAACGUAGGCGUUGGAGCAAAUUCUUUGAACGGAACACCUAUGUAUAUGGCGCCCGAGGUGAUCAAGAAUGGGGAAAAGGGUCGCAAAGGAAGCAUGGACAUUUGGUCGAUGGGCUGCUGUGUACUGGAAAUGGCGACAGGUCGUCGCCCUUGGGCACAUUUAGAUAAUGAAUGGGCUGUCAUGUACCAUGUUGCAACUUCACAUCCCCCUCUUCCAGAUCCGUCCCAGAUGAGUGCCAAAGGAAUUGCCUUUUUGAAAAGAUGUUUUACAAGGAGCAGCAUGCUGCGACCAUCCGCAAUAGAACUUCUUCAAGAUGAAUGGCUCCGGGGCGUGGAUCCGGAUGAAAAACGAGAUGAGGGUGAAUACAGGGACAUAGAGACGGAGAUCAACGGCGACGGCGAAGCUUUACGAGGUUCUGCUAAUGGAGAAUUCGAACAUGAGUUUGAUAAUUUUGACAAUCAAAUCACAAUGUCGAACUUCCUUCAAAUCUCUGGCGAUGAAGAAGACGCUGUUGAAAACCAGGAAGAUACCAAUGAUCAGACAAAGGAUAUACAUCAGCACAAACCUUCCAGUACUGGUCAAACAAAAUUAGAGUCCAGUCAAAAACACACAGUAUCUGCAAACGGAAAGGCACUGGAUGAUUCCGAAAACGUCAAGAGUCCUGAUAGCUGCGCCUCUGUCAUGUCGGAUACUUUCUCAGAUGUUGGAUCAGAAGUUGGGUUGAUACUUAGUGCAGUAAGGGAACGAGAGGAGACAUCGAGACAGGUUUCAAAGCAGUCAUCUAUACAGGCAUCACCUAUACCUUGCCACGCUGCUGAUAGCGUAGAUGAAGCCACUUUCUCCUCUCGAGCUUCUCUAAUGUUAGGAUCAGGAGUUGUCGAUGCGUCAAUAGACAAGUUGGUGAAAGCACAUCGCGAUGGUUCUUCGGAUACAGCGCAGUCAGCGCCGGUUGCUAAUGCUAGCAAUGACGCUUCAGAUAAUAUUGAACAUAAUGAGUUUGCUCGUGAGAUGGGACUCGAUAUGUAUGAUACAGACGCUUUGCAGAGCAAACAUGAACGUAAUGGCCAACAAUCGCCGGUCUUGUCAAUUAGUUUGAUGGAGAAGGAAGAUCAUGGCAGAGAACAAUUGGCCACAGAAAGCGCAAAUGCAGCGACAGCAGCUGUUUUGAAAGAAAAUGCACUGGAAGAGCCAUGUUGAUAGCUUUCAUUAAAGAUCCCGUGCUGUGUGGCUUCUCGUGUUUCAUAUUAGAGCAUUUACGCACCACUGUCUUUGCAUUUGUUCAAAUUCCUUUCCAUCAUUCACUUCUUUCCCAACAUUCUUAUUCUUUACAUUUCUACAUUAUUACGCCAUACUCCUUCUUUCUCAGUGAACACCAGCUGUGUUCGGUGUGGCACUCCUCCCCCUCCUUCCCACACAUUGUUCAAUUUGCUGCUUCCGCAUUCUUAUGGAUCUAAACCAUGACAGGUGUGCCUACAAUUUUUUUCUUACCCGACACUUUUUCAGUCUCGACACGUCUGCAACAAC